AUGGCCGCCACAUCGCCAAACUACUGCAGCAUUGAAGAUUAUGGCAUCAUCGGGGAUAUGCACACAUGUGCCCUCGUGAGCAAGAAUGGUGGUCUUGACUUUAUGUGCUGGCCAGCGUUCGACUCCCCAUCCGUCUUCUGUCGCGUCUUAGACAACAACAAGGGUGGCCAUUUCACGAUCCGCCCGUCAGGAGAUAUCAAACCCAUGAGCAAACAACGAUAUAGAGCUUGUACAAACGUCUUAGAGACGCGAUGGAUUCACGAAGAUGGCGUGAUCACGCUAUCAGAUUACUUUCCCGUAUCAAGCAAAAAGCCAUCUCGUCCGGGGGGUUCCGCGUCAACCUGGUGCUCCUGUGAGACGGCUGCCAGUGGUACUGAGGGGGCGAAAUGUCGCUCUGGAGUGGUCAGGAAGGUCGAAUGCGUUCGUGGCCAGAUGGAUAUGGCUGUUGAAAUCUUCCCCGCGUUCAAUUAUGCGCUUGAGCAGCAUACCGGUCGAUGGGUAACUCGUGGUGAUCCCGGCAGUCAGCUUAAUGAAUAUCUAUUCGAGAGUGCUACGCAGAGCCUACAGCUCAGUAUUCUCACUAGCACCGAUCCAUCUAAUGGGGGCUCAGAUAAGACCCCCGAGAUUGUAUUCGAGAUACAGGACAGACCGGGGAUGAAAGGACCGGGCGUGUUUAUGAAGAUGACUGUGAUGGAAGGGCAGACCGCGACGUUCGUGUUACACGACAGAGAGAAGACUCUUCCGGACGCGAACUUUCUGGAAUCCUACUUGUACACGCUGGAGCACGAUACUGCCGAGUUUUGGGCUAUGUGGAUCAACCAGUGUACCUUCCGAGGGCGCUAUCGCGAGCAGGUGGAACGAAGCCUGUUGAUCCUAAAACUGCUAACAUACAAGCCAACUGGUGCUAUUGUUGCAUCCCCGACCUUUUCCCUCCCAGAGAGCAUCGGCGGAGCACGGAACUGGGACUACCGGUACUCUUGGGUGCGUGAUGCUGCGUUUGUCGUCUAUGUUUUCCUCAAGAAUGGAUACCCGAAGGAGGCAGAGUCGUAUAUCAAUUUCAUCUUUGACCGGGUCUUUCCACCGGCAAAUGCCGAAAGCCAGACCAACAGAGCAUUUCUCCCGAUCAUGGUUACAAUCCACGGAGAGCAUGAGAUCCCCGAGUCUGAGCUGGGUCAUCUGGAGGGAUACAUGGGUAGUAAACCGGUACGGAUCGGGAAUGGAGCUGCCAACCACACCCAGCUAGACAUAUUUGGAGAGCUCAUGGACAGCGUCUACCUGUACCAUAAGCAUGGGCGUCCCAUUUCCUAUGACCAAUGGCUCGCGGUAAGACGGAUGACCAGUCACGUGAUGGACGUGCUCCAUGAGACAGACAGAUCAAUCUGGGAGGUACGAGGGCAGCCGCAGAACUUCGUAUAUUCGAAGAUAAUGCUCUGGGUUGCAUUGGACCGGGCUCUGCGACUGGCAGAGAAGCGCUCGAAUUUACCCUGUCCGGAUCGGAUCGAGUGGCUACGAGCCCGGGAUGAUCUCUACGAUGAGAUCAUGACGAAGGGGUACAACUUCAAAGACAAAUAUUUCUGCAUGAGUUACGAAAGUCCAGAUAUACUGGAUGCAGCCGUUCUGAUUGCCCCGCUUGUCUUCUUCAUUGCGCCUAAUGACCCUAGGUUCCUGAACACACUGAAAAGGGUCAUGUUACCCCAGGCCAAGGGAGGACUAUCGAUAGCCAACAUGGUCUCUCGCUACGAUCACACCAAGGUUGAUGAUGGUGUCGGAGGGCGCGAGGGCGCUUUCGUAAUGGUCACCUUCUGGCUAGUCGAAGCCAUGAUGCGUGCCUCUAAAGCAAUGUCUUACAACGUCGAAGACCCGUUUUACCGACAGCUGCGAAAGUUGGCGAUCACUAAUUUUGACAAUAUGCUCUCGUUCGCGAACCACCUGGGCAUGUUCUCGGAAGAGGUGGCCAUCUCUGGAGAGCAGAUCGGUAACACUCCGCAGGCAUUCAGCCAUCUGGCUUGUAUUAGUGCAGCAAUGAAUCUGGGUGGAGUGGAUUAA